AAUUAGCAAACUAAUACCAUGAAAUAAAUGUGGGAAACAUAGAAACGGAAUAAACAUCCUCAUUUAAAUGUCAUAACAAAUAGAUUUUUACAUGUGCUGACUCCGGAAUUAGUAUUCAUUAGCAUACUUUACACAUUUUGAAACCUUAUGCUCAUUAUUUUAAGGUAUGCAAUUGUUAAAUGGCGGAUUUCAGUGCAGUCAUUUGCAAACUCCGUUUGGUGCAUUUAGUGUCCGCAGCUAAAAGAUCUACCUAUUCGAAUGCAAUCAACGAUCUUGAAAAAGCUUUGAAACAGGGCAAUGGAAAGGAUGCUGCUUCCCGAAUUAGGAAAAUCAAAGACUUGCUACCAAGUAGUAAUGAACAGCUCAAAAAGCAGCUGUUGGAUUUGGAGAAAGAAUGUCCCACGAUAAAGAAAACAGGUCACGUACUUGCCCAGUCUGAAUUAACGUUCCAGCCGAGUUCAGAAAAUGAAAGAAGGCUAUCGACGGCCGAAAAGAAACAAAAACAAAUUACAACGUCUAGUGAAAUGAAAAGACAACCUCAAAGUAGUCCUUCAUCAGGUAAUCAGAGGACGAGACUGCUGCCACCUACACCGUCUAAAGGUGAACCGAAACAAACACAUGGAAUACAACCAAAGAAAGAGAAAAUAGCGAUUGAUUUGAAAUCGGAUUUGAAAAUGUAUUCUAAAAAAGUUCUUUCACCUGAAGAAAACAAAGAUAUUUUGAAAGAAGAUAACCAACGGGAUUGUCUGAAAAGAAUAAUUCACAAGCUUGAGUACCAAAGGGAUGAAGCAAACCACCAUUAUGACGAGUUGGUUGGACAAGUUCAGAAGUUGAACUCUUUAAUUGUAACAUCGACAAAACAUAACGUUAAUCCUACACCUCAGUCUGAUUUAGAAAGGCUGGAAGCUUCGAUCAUGUGGCUUAUUGAAACAUUUCAUCGUGCAAGUGCGACAAAGAAUAUAGCGAUAAAAGCAGAGCAAAAAAAGGCAGGGUCAAAAGUUACUGAAAUCUGGGUAACUAAGCUGGAUGAAAAAGUGAAAGAAAAUGAUUUCAAGUUCUUCAGUCAAAACGACGUUCGGGACGAGUCGCAACGUAAUUGCCUUAAUAAAGUUUUAAAGGCGCUGAGUUUUCAAAGCACUGAGAUCGAUACAAAGGCAAGUGAAUUAGCCGAGACGAAAUCAAAAUUAGACGAUUUCAAGAAGAGCGUUAGAUUGAUGCGGAAGGAAAUGUUUGACCAAGACGACCAUGUAGAUGUCACCGGAUCUGUUGAGAAAUGUAAAGCAGAAGUGUUAGAACUGCAUAAGCACCUUUUGAAACAAAUGCAAAGGAUGACAGAUGAAUUACAGCAGCUCGACGCCACAAAAGCAACACCUGCAGAAAGAAAACCAUCUUCGAAAAGGAAUAACGACGACAUUCAGAUGGUCUGUUCACAAUUUAAGGAAUGUUUUAAAAACACAGAUAUGCUAUUAAAGAGAUUACAAAAAAGUUUCAGAUGCUUCCGAGAGGAAAUCGGUAGUUUUGAUAAUGAAAUAGACCAUUGGUCAGAUCUCAUUGAAGUCGAACACAAAGAAGGCCUCGAUUCCGAAUUUUGCGUUGCAUUACGACGUCUCCGAGAGAAAACUUUUAAACGGAAGAAACAGUGUCUUCUGAUUUCUGAAAACAUGAGGAUUGCAGACGACGAACUUAAACAACUCCAAACUGAAGUCAUCGAAUGGGAACAGCUUGGAACAGUUGACAACUUGCAAAAUCCUAAAAAUUUUCCCUUGGCAUUUGCAGUCAAUGAAACUAGAAUUGAAAUUGUCAAUAUCAAAAAGCGACAACAGGGGAGUUUCGAAGCCAAGAUGAAAGUAUUCAAAUCUUUGUGCAAGUAUAUACUGGACGAAGAAGUGAAGCAAAAAGGCGGAGAACCCAUUUCAUCAGAAGAACCUGAUGCUGAAGCGUGUUUCAGUUGCAUUCAAAGAUGGAAAGAAGACAGACAGAACACUCAACGUUUUUUUGAAGAAAUUUAUCCCCUGUUGCAGUCAUCUCUGACCAGUCUUAAAAGCGAACCAUAUUUAUUUCACGAACCUAAAAAGAGGAAAGAUGUCAAACUGUAUUCUAAGUUCUGUGCAGACGUCCAGAUAUGCGUUCAUCAACUUGUCGACUACAUAAAAUUCAAUGCUGAAAGAUUCGCAACGUCAUACAUAGAUUUUUCAAAAGCGGUCCGACUCCUUGGGGAACACUACUCUGCACUGACGUCAGAGCAGUACCAAAUGCCCAAAAAAGAGACAUCAUAUGAAAUUAUCAUUCAGAACAUUACUGACCGACUCGUUCAAUUAGGGAUCACAAAGCGACAAAUAACAGUACUCGUGGACGAAAAGAAUAGUUUAGCACUAAGGUUGUCCAAAGCCGCCGGUGCAAAGCUUCGUGAGAAUAACCCAAACAUUGCUGAUCUGAGCGAUCCGAACAGACCAACGAAAAUAUCCGAAAGAUACUCUGAACUUUAUGACAACCAGUGGACAAACGCCUUUGAGAAGCUCACAGACGGAAAGAGAUGUACAGAGAAAAGAGCGAUCGACUCUUUAUUGGAGAUAUUUAAGGAGGCUUUUCUUUUCUGCACAGACAUUAGCAAUAUGCAAGCACAUUUGUUGAAAUCAACAAUCCUUUGUCCUGUACAGGAUAUGAAGUCCUCUCACAUUGGCGCAAAUGACCAAAAACUAUCAUCCGAGCAUGCUGUUAUGAUAUCUGAAUUACGAAAAGGAACAGUCGACGACUCAAUUAUCGAUUUGCAAAAGCAUUUCAAGAAAAAGCAUGCUGAUUUUGCUGAUAGUGCAACAAAGAUUUUCACUGAUGAAUGUGUACGACUUUGCUGGAUGAUGUGUGUCCAAACUCCACCACUUUGGGUCGACUGUCAGACGAAAAGCGACGAUAGUUUCAACAAAAACGUUUACAAGAGCUAUACGGCCACUGGUCCAAAGGUGGAAUACGUCGUUUGGCCAGCGCUGUAUUUGCAUCAUGGAGGAGGUUUGCUUCUGAAAGGUGUUGCACAGGGAAAGGCGUCAAGAAAAUAAACCACACCAAAGCAUACUUCAACUUCUGUAGGACUUUUACAUGAUUUAAAAAAAACACACUAAUUUGUUUUUAUUAAUGUGACGCUUUUAAUAAAACACUCUUAUUCUACUGUUCUGCACACACUACUCUACAACAGUGCAAAGAUAGUUAAGUAGCAGCUACAUGUAUAUAUUUCCUACAAAAGAUAACUUUCUUACCUAAAUUGUCACUGGCGAAACUGUUUGCUCGGCACCGAAAGAAAUAGUGUUUCGUGUUACUAAGCAAACAUUGUUGUUGAGUUUAGUAGAACAUCCUGUUUUACUUAUCUUUUUAUCAUUAUAUUUCACUCAGUUUCGAGUAUUUAGUUAUUGGGCUUCUUUUAAUACACCACUUCAUAAUGUAUAUGUCGUUCUGGUAACAGUUUUAUAAAAUGCUCAUUUAUUUAUUCUUAAUAGAUCAUGAAGACGAUGUUUAUAGCAACUGAGUCUUUUUGUUUAAGGGUAACGAAAUCGGACAAUAUAUAAACAGUUUCGACCCUUUAUUGUAUAUAAUUACAGUCGAACCCCGUUGGCUCGAACUCGAUUGGCUCGAAUUCCUUGCUAGCUCGAACUAGAUGUUAAGGACCGUUUGCAACUGAAGGUAAAUAAUCCCGCUUGGCUCGAAUUUUUCGAGGCUCGAGGUAUUUUCGCUGGUCCCUUGGAGAUCGAACCAUCGGGGUUCGACUGUAUAUAAAAAUAGUUUAGAAUUAAGAAUCUAAUCAAUCAACAAAUUGACAUGCCUUGAAGCGAUUGCACUGUUAUUAUAUGAAUUAAGUUUGUUAAGUUCCUGUCCUUAAGUACAUUCAAUAUCUAAUUCAAUGUGAAAGUUUCUAUUUUUGCCUUGAUUUUCUUCAAGUUGAUACUACUAGCCUGAGAAAGCAACAACGUUUUCGCUCUUGUUAAUAAUUGCUCGGAUAAGUGAGAUUUAGAUAUUUAUGUUUUAAAGCAGUGUCUCUUGUCUUGCCUCGUUUAGUAACUGUUAGCCUUAAAAAAACGUUUCUUUAACUUUAUGGCUGCUAUGUUAAUAAUGUACAUUGUGUUAUUAACAUCGUCUUGUUUGAAACGUGACCAUCGAGAGCUUAUGGAUUUGGAUUGUACCACUUUACCAACUUUAAAAAAACCACUAAGUUAUUUUGAUGCGUGUGGUGUCUGUAUGUGGUGAUUGUAUGUGUGUAUGUGGUAUUUGUACAAAAUACGAUUUCGUCGUACUAUGGCGUAUAUAGUUUUAAUUAGCCUUGCCAAGAAGCUUUCUAUAAUUUGUAUAUAUUAUGUACUUUCAGGUUUGUUCAAAUCAUGACUAAUUAGUUAACAUUUGCCAAUUUAUACAGCAAAUAAUCAUUCUAAACCCAGAAUGCAUAAUGACUUAUACUGGUGGUAUGUAGAUGCAUUUGGGCAAUGCAUUUGUCGUGACAAGAGGCAUUCAUCUGAUUGAAGAUGGCAGAGAGGGCCCUUUAUUGCUCAUUUUCAUAUGUGAAGUGGUUUCAAGUGUAACUGUCUUCAUAGUCGGAUUUUGAAUUUCGAGUUCAUUUAAUAUAAUUGAGGGCUGUCGUAUAUCAAACCAUCUAAAUGUAGUUUGCAGUAAAAUUUGCAUAGCAUGUUCACGGAAUUUACUAUAUAUUUUGUUUCAUCGUAGUUUAUUUUGGAGAACAAUUAAAAUGACUGAAGAAAUAGUUUAAAGUUUAAUGUUUCUUAUAUUAUACACAAAGCACUUAUAUUUUUAAUGGCAAGAUAGUUGGUUUUGUAGAAUGCACAGUAUUUUACAAAAUAUUGUUAAACAAUUGUAACACUAUCACAAAUAAAUUUGCCCUAUCUUAAAAUGAGCACCUGAAAUGGCGCUUUAUGUGUUAUUUAAUUUUAAACGAUUUGUUUGCUGUCAUUUUUUUAAUUUCAUGAGAGUUGUAUUGAUCAUUGCUUCCAUUUAAAUGAAAUGAAUGUUGGCGUUAAUGGUUUGAUUUAUUAACUGUAUAUUUACCCCAUCAUUUGAUAACCAUAAACUCAUACUAGUGUGGAUAGAACUGCUAAAUACAGUACAGAAAUGUAUAUCAAAUGUUUCGCUAAAGUUGCGUACGUCCUAAGCCUAUUUCGAUACACCUGAAUACAAUACAGCGGUACAAGCCAACUCAAUAGUUAUAUUCCAAAUACGUAAAAUAAUCGAAUAAAAACAUUUUUAUAAACUGUUUAAAAUGUAAUGAGUAAUUAAGGACUUCUGAAAGCACGUAUGCACACGUCCAGUUCUCAAUAUUAAUAUCUGUAGUAUGAAAAGUAUCCAAGCAAUCUGACGACCACGACAAGAGCAAGCCAGCACAUACACACGACAACACUGACUACAAUGAGGUUGCGGGCGCUCCUGACGAGCUGAUUUGAAUGUGGUAUAACACCCCGUCAACUGACUGGUCGGCAAGAAACAUAGUCGUUUCAAGUGAACAUUGAUGUAUUCUACAUGACAUCCAAUAUUUGAUGUCGUCAUUGUUACAUAUGACGAUUUAUAUUUUUCAACAUGUUAGUUCUCAUGAGCAGACGAUCGGAGCUAUUUUAUUAUAAUCAUGAGCAGAUGAUAACAUCCGAAUACAGUAAUAUAUCACAAAGAACAUGACUAAAUCUUGAUAAUUUAUUUCGCUGACGACGUCGUAUUUGUCACUUCUCUAAUAUGUCAUGUGAUAUAUUUGUGUACAUUUGUUUUAUGAAUGUCGCCAUAACAAGGAUUCCCAUUUGAAACUUGAUAAAACAUGAUGUUAUUACAAGAUAAUAAAGUACCACCUGUAUGGACACUACA